ACAGCCAAAUUUACGACAUUCGUCGCGCAAUACCAGCUGGCAGCCCUAACCACUCAGCAGUCAGCAGUGACACAACGACAGGAGAACAGUGAAGACGUUAUUUUAAUAAAUACAACAUCGUUUAUACCAAAAGUUUCUCAAAUAUUACGAAGGAGCAACCCUAUGACGUCACAGCGCAUCAGCUAUGGAAAGUCAUUCAUUGAGUCGCGUGUCUGAUUCCGGUAAAGUUCGGCCGAGUAUAAUAUGCCAGCGCUCUGGCAGUCGUCUCAGCGCCCCAUGUACGUCAGAACAGUCUGGGUCGACGGCUUUCGGCACGCGAUACUUACACACGACGACCCCUGCUAUUUGAAGCUCAGCGCCAAACGGAGACCCCAUUCAUCAGCCAGCCACCAGAAGCUCACGACGAAAAUACGAAACAACCGAUUCAGCUACCGAGAGAACGACCUAGAGUCCUGCCUGAGUAGAUCACAUCUCGUUAUAGAAAAGCCAAUUAAUCGAGAAAUACAAGUGGAGAAACUUAACCUCACAGACGUAGGCCAAUCGGAGACGGAAUCAGAACCAUCGUCGCCGAAGACCGAGACAAAAUUAGAAAUGAGUUACAAACCGAAAACAAAUCGUAUGCCGGAUGUUAAAGAAAACACAGAACUGUCGGACAGAGUAAUCCAAUGGCUGGAUUUGGCCGGUAAAGUGGAUUUGCUGAAGCCGGAUGUGGAAAGGAUAGCCCAACCGAGGCACAGUUGGCCAGAGAUACAGCGUCGUAACUUAAUCAAGUCGAAAACGUCCGCGGAUUUGAGAGCGAAAGAGGUGAAGCCGGAUUGGAAAACAAAUACGCCUAUCGAUCGCAAUGAAAUUUAUGUUCCAACAUCGGCGAACACGAUCGAAACCUAUGCAAGACUGUCGCGGCACGCAAGGAGCGCUCCACGACAUGACACGAAAAAGGAUAACAAAAACAUGAAGCAGAUUGCGGAGACACGCCACAAGGUUGCGACCGAGAGAAAUGCAGUCCACAAACAGUACAACGAUAUGGUCAGUAUGAAGUUGAUACCAGAUGUGGGUAAAGUGAAAAAACAAGUUCAUAUUUUUAUGCCGGAAUCGUUGACUAAGGCCGCCUCUACUACGAGCAGUAGAACGCAGAGCUUGAUGUCACAGAAGUAAGACAUUAAGUUUAAUAAAAAAUACACCUUGGCAUAAGAUAAUUUUAACAGAUUAUUAAUACUUGUAUAGACUAUCACAGAUCAGAAUGAACAUUUACGAAAAUAAAGACAAAACAGAAUGAAGUCAUUCCUACUUAUAAUAAGUUUUGUAAAAUUUUCUUAUAAAUUAUUACGCAAAUAGAGUAUUUAGUUUUCGGACUAGCACGCAUAGCAAAUUUUUAACGUAAAAUUAACAAUUUUAAUUAAUUACUUAAUAGAAUAUCCUUAAAAUUAUUAAAUUUGCUAUAGUAAGAACUAUUUUUUAUUAAAACAGCCAAAUAAAUCAAUGUUUUAUUAUUAGUUAUCAAACCCAAUAAUGUCAUGCAAACAAAUUGAAUUUGCAUUUUUUUAUGAAAUUAAGGGACAAGACGAGCAGGACGUUCAUUUGCUUUAUUGCAACUACAACCCAUGUUACUGGAUAGAAGGUAAGAGAAAAGAAAGUAAGAGGUAGAAAUAAUUUUUAUAUUCUGUUGUCAUAAAUUAAUAUUAGAAUACAUUUAAUUCCUAGAAAAAGUUAUUGUGUAUAUA